GUGUCCAAAGAGAUUUUUCCAACGAGUGAAGAAAUUCUGGUGGGCAGCUUAGUGUUAAAAAUAUUUGGGGAAGAAGAAUGUGAGAGUGUGUGGAACAUGUACGCUCGCUCCGGUGGGCUAAAUUUUAGAGCUAAUAAUGUGUUGAGCAAGCCUAGAGCAGCCUGGCCUGCCAAACAACCUGCCCUUUACCCAUUUGAUCAAACAGCCAUGGUUUCUCUGACUGUCCCUGAAGGACCAUUCAUCUUCCAUCAGUGACCCUAUAUAAGAUGGGUGUGUUCCCUCUAUGGCUCUGAAAGGCAUUUCUAGUAAAAAAAGAUAAAUAUCCUUCUUGCAGUUCUUGGGCUUUGGGUGUUCCUUACUCUGGGAAAGGAUUUAAAGCUGUCUGCCAGACCCGUGGGCUGUUACAACAAGACAGUGCCACAAUGCUGAGCUCAGGCCUGCGGAUUCCCCUCCUUUCCCUCCUCCUCCUCUUGCUGCUCGCAGCGAUGGAGCUGAGCUGGUCCUUUACAGAUGAGGAAAAGAAGCAGAUUGUGGACCAGCAUAACCUGUAUCGUUCCAAGGUUUCUCCUUCGGCUGCAAACAUGCGGAAAAUGAGCUGGGAUUCAGAACUGGAAGCCUUUGCCAAAAACUACUCAACAAAAUGCACUUGGGAACAUAAUAAAGAACGUGGCUACCGAGGCGAGAAUCUUUUUGCCAUGUCUGGAAACCUGGAUCUAAAGACAGCGGUGGAAGAUUGGAAUAUCGAGUACAAGUAUUAUAAUUACAGCACACUGGCAUGUGAAGAGGGGCAAAUGUGUGGUCAUUAUACCCAGGUAGUUUGGGCCACCAGUGAGCGUGUUGGCUGUGGGACGACAUUCUGUGAAACCCUGGAGCUGAUAAACGAUACUGACAUGCAUUUCUUUGUCUGCAAUUACCAACCCCCGGGAAAUAUAAGGGGACAAAAGCCAUAUAUCGAGGGAGCUUCAUGUUCCAUGUGCCCAGAUGGCUACUUCUGCAACAACAAUCUCUGUGAUUCCACUGCUGUCGUAGAAGAAACUACUGUACCACCCACAGCCCCUGAGUCGGAAGCAACUACUAUCCUAACUGCAAGUCCAAGUUUGCCGUCCAUCGUAACAGUUUCAGCAGCACAUAUACCAGAAAGUCCCCAAACUGGCACUGAAACAGGAUCAGAACCUCCCACUACAGACGAUCAAGACAUCACUUCAGGCUCCCAAAUUGGCACAGAAGCACAACCCAUUGUGACAGAAGGGACGGUUCUGGAUCUGCAGACACGCACGGAUGGGAUUGAUGAAUCCUUGAUGACCACAACCAGUGCUACGCCUUUUAUAAACUUAAUCCCAUCUUCUAUUUCUCCUGAAACAGAAACUGAAAGAACUACUGGCACAGAGCAUCCAUCUUCUGCUGAUGUUUUAAUCACAACCCAAACAUCCUUGAUCAAAACUGAGCGACCUGUAACUACUCUCACAACUACAAAGACUCUCUCCACGCCAAAACUGCCAUCUGUGUCCCAGCCCCCCUCCGUGUCCCAGCCCCCCUCUGUGUCCCAGCCCCCCUCCGUGUCCAAGCCCCCCUCUGUGUCCCAGCCCCUCCGUGUCCCAGCCCCUCCGUGUCCCAGCCCCUCUGUGUCCCAGCCCCCUCCAUGUCCCAGCCCCUCUGUGUCCCAGCCCCUCUGUGUCCCAGCCCCUCUGUGUCCCAGCCCCUCUGUGUCCCAGCCCCUCCGUGUCCCAGCCCCUCCGUGUCCCAGCCCCUCCGUGUCCGAGCCCCUCUGUCCCUCCGUGCCCAAGCCUCCCUCUGUCACUAAGCCCCCCUUCAUCCCUAAGCCUCAUUUUUUUCCUAAGCCACCCCCCAUGCCUAUUAAACGCCCCAUCUCUAAAAAACCAGCACGCCAUCGUUUGAUGGCCUAUUCCAAGGCCAUACAGAGCAGCAGCAAUUAUUUCCAGUCUUCUGCAGGUAAGGCAGCCACAAUGUCUGUCUGCCUGCCCUGCCUUGGUUGUAAACAGAUCAGCCAACCGGAGGACAUAAAGGCUGCACUUCAGGAGCUGACCUUCAGAUAUCCCUACGCACCUUGCUUUGGCUCCCUUCCCCGAUGGCAAAGACAUAGCAAGUGCAGUUGGUGUGGGCACACUCGAAACAAUGCUCUUAGAAACACCAGGCCUUACUGGCUCCACAGUUUAUAGUAGUACAUAAUGUAACGUAUUUACAGGUAGUCCUCAACUUACAACAGUUUGUUUAGUGACCGUUCAAAGUUGCCACAACAUUGGAAAAAAAGCGAUUUAUGACCGUUGUUCACACUUGCUGCAGCAUCCCCAAGGUCACAUGAUCAAAAUUUGGAUGCUUGCCAACUGACGCAUAUUCAUGAUGGUUGCAGGGUCCCCUGUCAUGUGAUCUUCUUUUGCAAUUUUCUGACAAGCAACGUCAAUGGGAAAACCAGAUUCCCUUAGCUAAUGUGUUCCUAACUUAACAGCUUCAGUGAUUCAAUUAACAACUAUGGCAGGAAAGGUUGUAAAAUGGGGGAAAAAAUAACAAAUGUUUCGCUUAGCAACAUAAAUAUUGGGCUCAACUGAGGUUCUAAGUCAAGGACUAUCUAUAUAUCUAAACUCCUCCCUUUUUUUCCCUUCGUGCAUGCCUGUAUAUGGGUGUCUGUGUGCACACUUGCACCUUUUUCUCUUUUCCCUUAGCUGAGCAAACACUCCAUCAAAUGUGGAUUGAAUUGGUCCAAAGAACAGAAUUUUCAGCAAUGUAGGGGGUUUGUUGGGAAUUGUUUACUGUUUCCACUGCCUCUACAUUUUCCUCAGUUCAGGCUGUGGGAAAACAUCUGAUUUCUUCUUUGCUUUUCUCAUGAUUUUGGCCUGAGUCAAAGUUCAAUAAUAACAGAUCAUCAUUGUGUGUCUGAUCUGAAGCCCUGACGCAAUUUUCCACAUCACCUUACUUGUAGUGUAUUUAUUUAUAGGUCUGUGCCCGCAUGCCAUUCUCAUACCUCCCGUCCUGCUUUUGACUUAGGGUUAGAAUGUCCCCAGUACGGUCUUCUUUAUUGAUCUGUUCUCUGCCAAAAAUGUCAGACUAUUAGAAGAAAUCUGGAACUUGAAAAUAGAAUAAAUUACACAAGCAAAGCACAAGCAUGUACCUUUACCAACUUCUUUUGCUUAUUUCAAAAUAGGAAUUCAUUUGUUCUUGAUAUAAAUGCUGAAGCUUUGUGACCUAGAAAAACAAACCCAAACAAACCUCUGGAUUCAUCAUAUCCUCUGGAAAUGUAAGGCAUGCUGAUACUGUACUGCAUGUCCUGUUUGUAGAAUUGGAUACAGUAAAUGAUUGAUUGGAAAACUUGGCUAAGGAGUUUCCAGAGAAACCUAGUGCACAACAAUUUAAUCUUAGACUAAAAAUGCCCAUGGGGAUAAAAUAUUAAGCAUGAAGUGAAUGAAGUGUCCUCAUCCAAAUGUUAUGUGUAGAUUUUUUUUACUUUCAGGACUCUUCACUGCUAAAAUAUUUUGAUCAGGCAAUAUUAUUAAUGAACAAUAAUAAAGUUGGAAAAGCUGCUUUUGUGUCUGCAUGUGUAAACGGAAUCAUUUUAUGAGCCUGAUUCAUACGGCCGUUUUUAGUAGUUGCUAUUAUUAAAUGAUACUUGAUUGAAA